AAAUUAUCUAAUCAAAAUAUUGUAUGCCUGUUUUCACAACAUAACUAGUCUGUUUUUACUCAAAUCUACCAGUUUGUUAAAAAAAUAUAUAUUGCAAGAAUAAAUGCACAGGAUAAUAGUAAAAGUAAUUUUUUGCAAAUAUUACUGCUUUCGAAAAGAGUUUGAAAAUAUGACGUUAUUGUUAAAUAACAAAUAUUAAAUUACUUUCAUUAUAUUAUUCAUUCAUGUUUAUUCAAAUGCAAAUCGAACAUGUGUUGUGUAUAGGUUACCAUGGCAUUUUCAGGCCUUUAAACUAUGGUUUUCAAAGAUUGUUGCUGAGUGAAGCAUCAUGGGUAAAUACAUAUGAGUUCAUCAAAUAAUGUAUCAUGUUCAGUAACCUAUUGGCCAUUGUGAUACAACUAUGAGCAAGUGGGCUUUAUAUGUUUAAAUGUCAAAAUAACUAUCACUUGGGACCUUAUAACAGUUGCUAGUAAUUAUUGGACUCGUGGUAGAUUUGGUCUGGGGGUAGUAAUUACAAUAGUAUCUCAGGAGUUAAUGCCAUGACGACUACGUAUUCUGCGUCACCUGCUUGACCUUUUAGAAACGGGAUAUUUGUUAUUUUUUGAAGUGCUUACGGCCCAACAAUGUUCACAUGACCUGAGGUGAGGACCACCUACAGUAGGACUAUGUCUGCUUUCGUUCACACACCUGCGCGCAUUCCUCCUCAGGGGUCAGGCAGAUCAGGCAGAAUGCGGUUGUUAAAGGUGGGCGACAACAGGGAGAUUCCCCAUAGUUCACUGACCGGAGCCGGGAGGCAGGACGCAGUGUUGUUGCACCACAUACAAACAUAUAGAGACCAAAGCAAUUGUUAUUCUGCUUCUCAUUGCUGCAUAUAUCUUAAAACGUUAUGACACAUACCGAUAUAAGCCUAUUUCUCGUCUAAAACUAACGGUGCUGAUUUAAAACGAGUUGUAAAAGCCUAACUAGGAAUAUGACAGACUAAUAACUGACAAAUUAUUAUUUUAAUCAUGUUGUUUUUCUGAUUUCCUUAAUUUAUUAUGUUUUGACAUGAUUACCGAUAUGCUGUGGGCCUAUGUAAAUAGGCCUAAUUACGUAGAUGAGUCUUGGACAUGGAAAAAAAGACACCUGGAGUGUGACCUAGCUAUUCUAUGCUAAAUCACCUUUAUUAAUGGACUAUUUUUUUUCUCUUCGGCUGAUGUAUAAUUCUAGCUCAUAAAGAUGAAUUACAUUAGUAUUUCAACCUGGAGAACCCAUGGGUUUUAAAAUAAGCAAAUCGUUAAUAUUGUGCUAAUUGAAAUAUAAAUCUCUUGCCAAUAUUUCCUCUGAAUAGACACGCAGAACAGAUAAUGACAGCAGGAUGUAUGUGAUUCAGGCUGUAAAUAGAUGUCCAAGAUAUGGCUUGACAUACAAAUGUGAAAAAACUACAAAUCUGUAACAUAGUUUUAUUAUAUUCAUCAUCACUGUUAUUAUUAUAAUCACAAUGUGGUAAGUCAUGUUUAAAUAAUCAUCAUCAUUAUUAUAAAUAUUGUAUCAAUUUGUACUAAAAGCUAUGUAAUAACUAUAACUACAGUAUUUGUUAUAUUAUAAUCUAGACCACUUGUAUCUUGUUAUCUGAUUCAGGCGCGUUCAUAACGCAACAACACAUACAGUAGAAAAGGCUGAUAUUGCUACCAGCUCUCACAGUCUCACGUCACAAUUAAACACAGCAGAAAGUGUUGCUGACAGACAGAGGGAAAGAGGUUGGACAUUUCUCACGCAGGAGACGUGUGAGGCGCGUUCAGAGGUUUCUUGAGUCGCGUGGAAAUGAGAGAGUAAUUAGUUAAUUAGAAAACGGUCGACUAAACUCACCCCUCGAGUACCUGCAUUAGCCAAUCACAGCUCAGACAGCCACAGGGGUGGGGGAGACGGCGUCUGAAGGAGUGAAACACUUGCUUUAGUUGGUUAAGUUGCUAUUAAACACCAAGACCUGGCUGUUAGUCAUCACAUGUGAUGUGAAUACGCGGAUAGAGGACUACAGAAACCAAAUGGACACUCGGAAAGCAUUGCAAUUUAAUAUUUUGUUGUAUCAUUUUAUUUGCUAAUAAUUUAAGCUCUUCAGGGUUCUUCAGAGAAUAUUUUACCAGAACUGUUACAGGUAGGUGAUAGCGAGGGGGUGAACAAAACUAAGGAGCCUGCUAUCGAAACGCAUACUAAAAGUACAUCCUCUCAUGUAUUUAUCAUUGCUCUGACUUAUUUUGGUUACGAGAGGGUUGCACUGGCAUCCUCAGAGUGACUUUUAUAACAAACUGAAACAUUUAUACAGAAGAUUGGAGUUGGAGCUGUAUGCGCUCUGACGCACAGAACAAGUGUACAUUGGCAGGUCUGACCUUUGAGCAGCUCGCGGCAGUUUUCCUGAUGAGAGUCGGUAUGGAGAAAUCGAAUAAUUUUCGAAUCGAUGCUCUGCUGGCCGACGAGACUCACCGGGCGAACCGAGACCUCUCCCCAGGUCUGAGCAGUGACAGCCCUGCGGGCAGCCCUGUGUCCUGUCGGCGAGCGGACACCCCGUCCCCGCGCAGGACGCCCAUCCAUCUUCAACCCGGGAUAAUCCCCAAACCGGGACUGCUGAACCUCCCUCACACGGGACUCGCCUCGCUACCCCAAAUGUACCCUGCCCCUAUGUACCCAAUAUCGGCUUUGGGUGGACAUCACCCUGCCUUCGCCUACUCCGGCUUCACACACCUUACCCAGUCGUACCCAGAACACCUGAAGGCGGCUGCCAUGGCAGGGUCUCUCCCCCUGGAGCACUGGAUCCGUGCUGGAAUGAUGAUACCACGUCUCCCAGACUACAGUUCACCCCAGGCAGGACUCCUGGGGAAGUGUCGUAGGCCCCGGACGGCGUUCACCAGUCAGCAGCUCCUUGAGCUGGAGAACCAAUUUAAACUCAACAAGUACCUGUCCAGACCCAAACGCUUUGAGGUGGCCACCUCUCUCAUGCUGACUGAAACACAGGUGAAGAUCUGGUUCCAGAACCGCCGGAUGAAGUGGAAGCGCAGCCGCAAGGCCAAGGAGCAGGCAUCUGCGUCUGCCCAGUCUGAGGCGGAGCGACUACGCACCGGGGGAAAACCGACCAAUGGCAAACCAGCUGAGAAUAAACCAGCUUCCACUCAGGAUGACGAGGCAGAGCUAGACCUAGAAGAAGCAGAGGAGGAAGAGGAGGAAGAGGAGGAGACGCGACACAAGUUUGAUGUUACCAUGGGUGGCGCCGUGGGGUUGCAGCGUUCAGCAGACUUUCUGAAGCUCACAGCGGAGCUUGGUUACAACCCCCACAGUCCCUUCUCUGAGGACGACUUAGUGGGGGUGACAGGGGGGGACAGGAAGAUAGGCGCAGGGUUGUGAAAAGACAAAGACACACCCAGAAAGGAAAACGCCAGAGACACUGCUGCUUGACACUGGCUCUGGGAAAGUGGGGGUCUAUAGUGUAAAAAGAGAAAAAAAUGACGUGCCAUUUCAAAAGCCUAUGACAGUGUUUUUUGUGUACAUAAUGCUCAACGCAAUGUAAUGUUUCUGUGACCCUGAUGGAGUUGUUUAAGGCAGGGGUUUCCAAACUGUGGGUCGCCCCCCACACCCAAAAAAAUGUUUUAAAGGAACUCAAUCCAGCUUUAAACUUAUUCUUGAAAGUUGUACUAGUAGAAUGCACACGGUGUCAUUUCUAUAUUGGGUAUUGCAUCAUCAGUUCCUCUUGUCCUGUCAGUCAUUACAUACCUUAGAGAGCUAUUUAUAACUUGUUAGAAAUGUCCAGAUCCACAAGCCCAUGUCUGCUAAUGUUUUUAUUUAUUUUGUUUUUCAGCUCAUAGAUGUUGGAGUCAUGUUUUUGUCACAUAUCACAUGAAUACACAUUAGGCAUGGCAAAAUGUACAGAAUUGUAGGAAAUAAGCUUUAAACCUGCAAAAUUCUCUCCACCAACAAGAAGGGUGUGAACAGUCUGUCACGAACAGUGCUUGUGCCCAUAGAAAUAGACAUGCCUCGUGCGCAGGGGGGUGUGGGAUGUUCCCCAAUGCUGGAAGGGGUGUUCCCCAAUGCUGGUACCCCUGGUUUAAGGUAUAGGUGUUCUUUAGGUUGGACUUGCAUCUCUAAGGAUGAGGGAAUAUAAAGCAUUUUAUAUUCAUCAUCACAUCAAAUAAGGCUGAAUAAGACACUGAACCCUGUCUCUCUCCUCUGUAUUUUUUCAUGGCAUGCAACUCCAAAAAAAUGUUUUUACACAGGACAUUCACCGGCUGUAAGACUCCUGUGUUUUUCAUCCAAUUGGACUGAGAAGUACUGUAGCAGCAGUGAAGCAGUGAACACCACUGACCUCUAUUACCUUGUCAUCCAUCUCAGCUAAACCCCGCCCCCUGACAGGCUGACUGACAGAUGUGGCUCCUCCCACCAGCAAUGCUAAAGGAUGUGAUACAACCAAGUUACGUUCUGAACCGUUGGACUGUUGCAAACUGCAACUUACACUGGCAGGAGUGAACAAACCCUGAGCAGUUUGCAUUAGCUGAAAACGAAGGGGAAAGUGUUGCAAAGUGUUGCAGAAUGUUGAGUGAUGUUGUGAAUGUGCCCCCAUGAAUGUCAGACAUCUUGGAUUUACAGACUUUCUAUGAUGUCUCAUGUACUCUAUCUUGUAUGUGCAAUUGAACAUUGUUGUCAUGUCAAUUCAGAUUUCUGUUGUUAUUGUUGUUUGUUUGUUUAUUGUUGUUAUUUAACCACAUUUAAAUGUAUCUAAUUUAUUUGAAUUGACAGGUAAAUGACAGGGAAAAAGUUAAUGUGUUUAUCUGAAACUGGUCUGUGUUGAUGUCAACUGCGUGAAAUAAAAAAACAGAAAUUAAAAUUGUUCAAAUAACUUGA